CCCUUGACAGGUGCCUGCUGUGGGACCGGAGAGAACCAUCAAGAAGUCUCCAUUUCUUCCUCCUAUGCCAGUGGAGUCCCCUGUCAUGAUCGCUGCUUGGAUUCUCCUCGUUUUCUUUCCGGCCUGCUUCUCCCGCCACUUACACUGGCUGUCUUCAGAAACUUCGAAUCUUCACCAACGCUGCUACCUUCCUGAGGAGCUGUCCCACGACCAGCUUCCCCUCCAUUUGACAGGCAUGGGAGCCCGGUCUGCCCGCUCCCUGCCUGCUGCACUGGUGUCCAGCCUGGAAGCUGGGAGCCUAACAAGAACACGAAGACAUCAACGCAACCACGAGUCCCGAUGCUCAGCUCUCCAGCUUGAAAAUGUGUAUGAAGCCGAGGUCCAUCAGCGAUCCCUGUCACCGUGGAAAUACCGAAUUGACACGGAUGAGAAUCGGUACCCCCAAAAGCUGGCCUUUGCAGAGUGUCUGUGCAAAGGCUGUAUUGACAUGAAAUCAGGUCGAGAGACAUCUUCAUUCAACUCAAUCCUACUGUAUCAGAGGGUGUUGGUCCUCCGCCGCAAGCCCUGUGCUCUGAAGGGAGAUGCUGAAGUGACCCCAGGGGCCUUCACCUUCAAUUCAGAAUACAUCAAUGUCCCUGUGGGCUGCACCUGUGCCCUGCCCCGGUCCGGCUAAGAAGGAGUGGGUGGCAGGAGCUGGCAGGAUCAUUGAACUCAGUCCUGUUGGUUCAAUCACUAUCCCUUCUGUUUAAUACACCCUUCAAUUCUAUAUCACUUGGCCAGCUCCACGAUGUGGCUUAGCCCAUGAAGAGGGCUAGAAUGGUGGAAAGAGCCCUAUGUUUGGAAUCAAUAGACCUGAGUUUGAAUCUUGGCUCGCUACUACUUGUGUAGUCAGCACUUGAGCAAGUCAGUUAAUUUCUUUGGGUCUCAGUUUCCCUAGCUGUAAAGUAAGAGGAUUGAAUUAGAUGACCUCAAGGGUCCAUUCUAAUUCUGAGUCCUGUGAGCCUCUGAACCCAGAUAAAGGACAGUGCCCAAGGGAAUCCUUAUCCCAGCCAAGACAAGAAACCUCCUUCUUCCUGUGGAUUUCUCCGAUGGUGGACAGAUGGAUAUGCUUGGCCCACAAUUAUUUAUUAUUGGUGCCACUAUUCUCUUCAGGUCCUGAUUGCUAACCCCUUGCUGACUUUCUCUUGGCCUUUGAAUUUAAGGUUCCCCAAGACUCCUGUCGCCAGGGUUGGCCCUUCCAAAGGACAAGUGGAGAAUGAAGGCUUGUUCAUAGCU